AUGGAUUAUGAUGAUCUGUACAUCGAUCAGAUUUCACCCGCUCAGCUCAAUCUCACACGCUUUAUUCAACAGAGCCGGCAGGGAACAAUCAGCAAGCACGAUGGUCAGGGCAUGGCCGAAUUGAAUCCAGAGCUCGCUCCAAAGGGGAAGCCACGCCUGCUGCUCAUGGGACAAAGGAGGAGCGGCAAAUCCUCGAUAUCAAGUGUGGUAUUCCACAAGCUACCACCCAACGAGACGCUCUUCCUGGAGUCAACGGCCAGGAUACAGAAGGAUUCAAUGCGGUCGUUCAUGGACUUCCAAGUGUGGGACUUUCCUGGCCAGAUUGACAUCUUCGACAACCCGACCUUUGACAUAGACGCCAUGUUUGGCGAGAUUGGCGCCUUGAUAUGGGUCAUUGACGCGCAGGAUGAUUACCUUGAAGCAGUGGCGCGCCUGAAUGUCACCAUACUGAACCUCCAGCGCUCGUACCCGAGCAUCAAGAUCGAGGUCUUCAUCCACAAGGUCGACGGGCUGUCUGACGACUACAAGCUCGACAUCCAGCGUGACAUCCAGAUCCGGAUCCAGGACGAGCUGUCGGACAAUGGCUUCGAGAACGCGCAAGUCACGUUCCACCUGACGAGCAUCUACAACCACAGCAUAUUCGAGGCCUUCAGCAAGGUCAUCCAGAAGCUGAUCCCACAGCUCGGCGUGCUCGAGGCCAUGCUGACCAACCUGUGCCGCACGUGCCGCUUCGAAAAGGCCUACCUCUUUGACGUGCUCUCCAAGAUCUACAUUGCCACUGACAACGCCCCCGCCGACAUGGCCUCGUACGAGAUCUGCUCCGACUACAUCGACGUCAUCAUCGACAUCACCGAGGUCUACGGCAGCUGGCCGCGCAGCAAGCAGCACCGGGACGCACUCGAGGGCGAGCCGUGGCACAGCAAGCUCGAGGAUCAGGUCGCCUCCAACUGGGCAGAGAGCUGCAUGGUCCUGAGCGACGGCAACCGGCCCAUCAUGCUCCGCGAGGUCGACAAGUACCUCGCCCUGGUCGCCGUCAUGAAGGAGGACAGCUACGACAAGAUGCCCCUCGUCAACAUGAAUGUCGAGACCACCGUCGACGGGCUUAAAGAGUUCUUUGAAAUCACCAAGCCGAAAUAG